GCAGGACUUCAGCCGAAAAUGAAAAUCUAGGCAUCAAUCACUGCAGUCAGUAUGAUCCCUUGUGUCUUUGUAUCUACCCUGAGCUGUGCCUAAAUCCCUUUCUGCAUUAUUCCAGGUUGCUGUUUCUGCCACUACAGAUGAGGAGCGGUUGGUUAGAAUGCAGGAUGUCAUCCAGCAGCUUCCCCCGCCUCAUUACAGGUCAGUGCUGCCCACAGUCCGUUGAGCUCAGGCCUGCUGCAUUUCAGAGGGAAAUUAUGCGAUUCCAGGUUUUGUCUUGCGGUAGCAACAUUAUGCCUGUGUUCAACUUUCCUUUUGAUUGCUCAUAGAAAAAAAAGGAAAUAAUGAAUUGAGGUUUGUUUUGUGAAUUGCAGCAUGGUGUGCUCAAUGGUGCUGAAUGUUUGCCUCUCUUGUUUUCCAGGACACUGGAGUACCUAAUGAGACACAUGGCCUGUCUAGUUGGGAACUGCUCCAUCACAAAUAUGCAUACUAAGAACUUAGCAAUUGUGUGGGCUCCAAACCUCUUAAGAUCACAGCAGAGCAAGUCUGCCUGCGUCAGCGGAAGAGCUGCCUUCAUGGAAGUGCAGACGCAGUCGGCCGUGGUGGAAUUCAUCCUGAACCACACGGAUGUCCUCUUCUGCUCCAAAUCCACAUCAGACAUUGGAGAUGGAGCAGGGCACAGUUCUUUAUCAGGGCCAAGUCUCUGGGGGUGUCUUCUUCCACAAAGCUGCUCACACUGGAGGAGGCACAGGCACAGGCACGAGGCCACAGCGGCUCUCCCGCUAUUCUUCCUUGAAGUGGAAGAAGGCCCUGCAGCUUUACAGGGGCAAUUCCACACAGUGAUCGACUUUCCACCCGAAAGGUAAAGAGGACUUUCUUUUCCAGCACCUAGCCUAACUGUUUGGGUGGGUGUUUUUCUCCAUUCUAUCUAUUCUGUCCUACUGCAAAGCCUUGCUGAAACUAAGUUACGCUAAUCAUGAAUGAAGUGUUGCACCGAAUUUCCACUCACUUUGGGCUCUGAGGAUUCAACUAACAUACAAUUGCCCGAUGGGCUUAGUUUAGCCACACAGCGGUGCCAUUCCUUCCUUGUUGAGCAGGCAGACACGAGAUGUAUAAAGCCACGCUUGAUGUCUAUCCUUGCUUGUACUAGCUGUACCUGGACACACUGGGUUCCAGAUUUCAGGACCGCAUACCUGAAACAAAUUCCAGUUCUCCUCCAAGCAGAGCUGUUGGUCAGACUUGAUGGCACUAGAAAUUAACCAUGGCAGAGAGAUGAGGGCAAUGGGGUGCUACUGUAAGAGUCAGAGAUGCUUUUGAAUGUCCUCUCUGGCUGCAUGGCUCCUUAGAAAGCAGUUAGACCUGCCAGCUAAAUAAAAGCCAUCCCUUAGAUGCUGUACUGUACAGCUACAGAGCCUUUGCUCACCUGCUCUCAUCCUUCUUUACGUACUUUAGAGGAAUUUAGACCACAAGACUUCCAGGCUGAGCUAUAAGAAAGGAAACAUCCUCAACUGUUGGAAACAGACCGAGUCUCUAAGUUCUGUUUCAGCAGAAAGCAGGCAGUGCUGGUAACAAGCAACUGUUGGCAAGAGCUAAAUGUAGCUCUUCCCUCACCCUGUGCCACGACUCACACCAUUCACUAUUUUCUCACUCCAGCAAAAGUCCACUCAGGAAA